AUGACCUUAAACUCCUUCAGGUCAGGACUGCUUGGUCCUCGCAGUGUAUUUUUCUCGGUGGUUAGCCAAUCAUGCAGAGAGUACGGAAGCGGUACAAUCAUAUCAGGCUCCGUCCGUAGACCCAAGAUUCGCAAACAUUCAGUUGAGACCGGCCGACGCCUGAAAAUAUCCAAGAGUCUUUCGUGGCUUUUGCGUCACCAGGGUCGGUUUGAGGGUAUUCCGAUACGGUCUGAUGGGUAUGCGCGUGUUCGGGAUGUGCUGAAGCAUGAAUCGCUGAGCAAUGUGGAAUUUAUGGAAAUUGAAAACGUCGUCAAAAAGGAUAGCAAGGGAAGGUUCACCUUGACAUACGAGAGCGAAAGGACUGAAGGUGAUCAUUGGUGGAUUCGAGCAAAUCAAGGACAUUCGAUUGAGACAACUGAUCUUGAGUUGGAACGCAUCAGUUCUGCAGAGAGAAUACCCAUAGCGUUGCAUGGAACCACGGAAGAGGCGUGGAAGACUAUAUCUAAGCAGGGAAUAUCGCGGAUGUCGCGCAAUCACAUACAUCUUGCUCAAGGAUUCGCAGGGACUGAUCAUAAGGUGUUCAGCGGAAUACGCAAAUCAUCUGGCAUAUUGAUCUACAUUGACGUCAAAAAGGCCCUCGCCGAUGGACUUAAGUUUUAUCUCUCUGCUAACGGUGUAGUCCUGUGUCCGGGGAAUGAAUUUGGAUUUCUGGAACCGAAAUACUUUGAACGAGUGGAGAAAGUAGCAAAAACAUUAAAACCUAUAGAAGGAUGGAAAGAGCAGAUCGAAACGCAGGUCAAAGCGCAGACUUCGAGUAUGGAACCAACUGAAGAAAGACUGAAAUCUUGGGCCCAGCGAUGA